UCCACGGGGAAGGCGCUGACUCACAACUACAACAACAAGACUUCACCUCGCCUGUUAUUAUGGCUGCCAGAAGCCGCGAAGAAAUCCCUCGAUUAUAACAUGUAACUCAAAAUUCGAAGAAAGAUAAAAGCAUGGAGGGCAAGAACGAAAACCUGGCAUUUGGAGAAGCUAAUCACCCAUAUAAACUAGUCAAAGAGCUCGACAAACUGCGCAAGAACGAAGAAUUCUGCGAUGUUAGAAUUCUAGUUGGUUCGAAAUCAUUUCCAGCACAUCGUUGUGUUCUUUCUUCUGCUUGCUCGUAUUUCCGAAUAAUGUUCUCAUCGGGAUUAAGAGAGUCCUGUAAGGAUGAAGUUGAAAUAUUUGGAAUAUCUGAGUCGAUAUUUGACAUAAUAUUAAGUUACAUGUACACUGGCAAUGUUGUGGUUGAUCUGGAAGACAUCCAAGACCUCCUUGUUGCAGCCAACAUGUUUCAGAUUGUAUCGUUGAAGGACGCCUGCUGUAACCAUCUUCAGAACAGAAUUGAUUGCAGCAACUGUCUUGGUUUGUUUGAAUUUGCAGAAGCUUACAAUUGCCCCGAGCUCAAAAGGCAAAGCUACUUAUUCAUAUUAGAAAAUUUUGUGGAUGUUUUCCACAACAAAAAUGAGGAAUUUCUCAAUCUGAGGUACAACACAUUUUCAGAGUUUCUUGGCAAUGAGUACCUUAAAGUUGAGUCAGAAGAACAGAUUUUUCAUGUAGCACUUCAGUGGCUGAUUCACGAUGAACAAAACCGUUUUGAGCAUGUUACAGGGGUCCUCAGUAAAGUUAGACUGUCCCUUCUCUCUGAUAUAAAAGUUGCCUCUGCAAUCAACAGCUUAAAGGAGGGAUGCAAAUUUGAACAAGAAAAAGACAAACUUUUGAAUAAAAUUGAGCAUACAUGUAGAAAUUUCAAAAAGCUUCAAGUUACAGUAAAAUAUAAUGUAUCUGUCAGAAAAGGAGCACUAAAGUUUAUUUACAUUGUUGGAGGAUACAGAUCCCCACAUGGGUUUUCAUGGCUAUCUGGAGACUGUCUUAGCACAACUGACAAAUUUGACCUUGAGUUUGAAAGGCGCAAGUCAUCUAUGCCACAGAUGCAUGAGGCUAAAAGAUCUCAUUCUUGUGCCAUAAUUUCUGGAAUCAUUUAUGUUUUUGGAGGAGAAUGUGAAUCAAUGCUGUCAAAUAUUAUAGAAAGAUAUGACCCUCAUUUGAAUAAGUGGAUUGUAGCUGGAUUUAUGAGCACGCCAAGGUGUGGAUUUAGUGUGGCUGUUGUUGAAGAUACUGUUUUUAUAAUAGGUGGAUGUGUCGGAGCAAAAUUAACUAAAGAUAUUGAUAUUUUUUAUGCAAAAACAAACAAAAUGCAGAAAGUUGGAGAACUGUUAGCUGAAAAAGCGUAUUUUGGCUGCACAGUUUGCCAAGGAAAUGUAUAUGUUUCAGGAGGAGUUGACAGAUUUGAUGAAUAUCUUGCCACAACAGAGAUGCUAGAUCCUUUUCCUUUUGGAACAAAAAACACUAGGCACUUGAGAACAAAGGAAGAAAAUGGAAUAGAAAACGAAGGAAGCUUAGAGUUGGUUACAAAAAACAAAGCAAAGAUGGCAACAGCAAGAUCGAAUCAUUCACUUGUAUCCCUCAAUGACUUUAUCUACUCAAUUGGUGGACAGUCAAAUCCAAAAUAUACACUGAAACUUGUUGAUAGAUAUGAUCCAAAGUCAGAUGUAUGGGAGACAGUAACUCUUUUACCUGAUCCAAGGUCACAUAUAGCUGCUGUUGUUUAUCAUGGAAGGAUAUAUGUUAUUGGUGGUAAAGACCAAAAUGGGAACACAUUGAAAUCUUUAAUUUACUUUAUCCCUGAAAGAAUGUCAUGGAGUCAGAAGUUUGAAAUAGAGUUAGACAGGUGUGACAUGGCAGCUGUAGUUCUUUAGAAAUUUUUAUCAAGAUGUAUUGGUGGUUCUAUUUUAGGAAUAUAUUAAUUAAAUGCAUUUAUUGUGCCAUCUUGUCACAAAUGUGAAUAGAACCAGAGAAUAUAUAAAACUAUAGUGUCUGGUAGAUAUAAUAUUUUGUGCCCCAAUCUAUCAGCACAAUGCAGCCUCAUCCACCUCAAGAUGAGAUCCAAUAAAUAUUUAUGAACAUAAACAAAGAUUAGCCUUGUUAAUCCUUGUCAUACUACAGAAUUAUGAAAAAUCAAAAUUCACUAGGUCAACUCCAGUUCAACAUAAAGGGCACCAGUAAUAACAAACAUUAAAAAGCUAACAGACACAAACUCUGUGAAAACAAACAGUGUUUUCUUAUCAAUAGCACUGGCAUUUAAACUCAUUUUUUAGGAAAAACCAAUUUUCCAUCAAACUCAGCUGCAUUUUUGUAACACAUAAAUAAUUUAAAUUACAAACAGUCAUGGAUGUACAUGCCAAGAGGAUUGAUGUGUUUUUGCAGCAUGCAUAAGUUAACUCCUAAAAACAUUUAAAGAUAAGACAGAAAAGUUGAAACUUUGCAUAAUGAAAUAAUUUUGAUUGGCAACUUUUUCAGACGAUGACCAACAGGCAAGUAUAAAUUUAUAUCCAGGUGCAGAUUGAAAACAAUGUAAGAUGAAGCAUGAUGCUUUUUGUUUAUUGAUGUACAUGCCUUUAUUAAUUGGAUCACAAUUAUAAACAACUAGGGCAAAAUAGGUGUCUAAGAACUAGCAAACUAUAAAACACAUGUUUGAAACAAGUUAUAUGAAUAAAUAAAUAAUCAAAUUUUCAAAAUUCCAAAAAUUUUAUCAACAACUUGCAAAAUUUCAUAAUCUGUAUAGCUUCUGUACUUAGUCAAAGUCCCUUCAAGUUUUUUCUUAAUCUGAACAAGAUUUUCUUUAGACAGAUCUGAAAAAUAGCAAAGACAUCAAUGAGCUUACAGAUAGGCUAAUAACCACAUAAGGUUGAAAAAUAUAAAAAGCAGACAGUAAAUAAUAUAACUCACUUACCCUUAACAUUUUGUAAGAAUUCUAAAAUUGAUUUCAUUCCUUGCAAUCUCACAGACAUGUGUGACGUGCCAUCU